GGAGUUUUAGCAAUUUAUCCAAUAGGUACGAGCUUUUGUGCUGUUUAGACCCCGGACCUCUCUCCUGCUACAGCGUACAACUUCAAAACAAAACCCUCUCAGGAUCCUCCACAGCUCCAGUCCACCCCCACCAAUGGCCUUCACCUCCCCCAAUCCCAUACAAAUCCACAGACUUCCUCAAUACACGUACAUAGACGCCCUGCGGUGGCUCCCGCAACUCUCCGCCUUCACCCGCCGCAUUCUUCUUGCUACUUAUGACUCCGACACCUCCACUCCUUCAAUCCAAAUCCUCACUUUUACGCCGUCCCAGAAUCCCAAAAGCACCCCGUCUUUGACCCGUCAAAGUUCUCUGUCCACCCCUUCAAGAAUCACCUCCUUGAAAAUCGCCCCGUCUCCCUUAAACCCCUCCAAACCCCUGAUUGCUGCAUCAACAUUCUCCGGAUCUUUGCUUUUUUAUUCUGCGGAUUUAAUCGAUGGGUCAUUGAAUUUGGAAUUUUCGGUUCCCGAAAAGGGGCUUCAUUUGGGGGCCGUAUCGGGGAUUGAUGUGAGUGAUAAUGGGUCUGAGUGUGUGAGUGCGGAGAAUGGGAGGGUCGAUUUGGUGAGUAUAGGUGAGAAAUGGAGUGUGAGGAGGGUUUUUGAUAGCAAUGGCUUGGUUUCGUAUAGCACGGUGAAGUGGGCGUCACCUGUGGAGUUCGUGACGGGUGGGCUUGGAUUCGGGAUGCAUUGGUGGGAUCAGCGAAAGCCUGGUGGCCCUGUGGUGCAGUUCAAGGGCAAUUGGAGUCGAGGAACUACUUCUGGCAUUGUACAUUCUGUUGAUAUUCAUCGGUCUCGGAAGCACACUUGCCUUGCAGGAGGUUCUUCUGGUACUGUAUUUGCAUGGGAUAUCCGUUGGCAACAACAGCCUGUAAUAGUGUCUGGCGCUUGGGCUGGUGGUGGACCAGCAAAUUCGUUAUCCGAAAGUGAGGUUUGGGAGGUCCAGUACGACAGUUAUAGACAUUCUUCUAACACUGGUAAUGUUUCAUCUUCAAAGAUCUUACCUGCUAUGAUUUGUUCGGAAGAUGGAAUACUUGCUGUGGUUGAGCAAGAUGAAGAACCAGUCGAGCUUUUGGCCGAACCAUGUGCCAUCAACAGCUUUGACAUUGACAAAGAGAAUCCCUCGGACGUUAUAUGCAGUUUGGAGUGGGAAUCCAUAGCCAUCUUGAUGAGGCCACAAGAUAAAAGGCAGUAGAUUAAGAGUUCAGCCAGUACAAUUUCAUCUUUACUUUGUGGUUGUGACUCUGAACUUUUUCGAAACUAAUAAUAACACGCUCUAUAAAUUUUAGACAAUUCUCGUCGUGAAUGGAUGGGAUUGGACCAUGAAGUUUGAGUUUCUUGUCCGUUUCCGUCGAAUACAUCUUGCCAAAUUCCUGA